AUGGCCGCCUCCGAGUUCGAGCCCUCGUCUCUGCACGUCGUCAUCUUCCCGUGGCUCGCCAUGGGCCACCUGCUGCCCUGCCUCGAGCUCGCCGAGCGCCUGGCCGCGCGGGGCCACCGCGUGUCCUUCAUCUUCACCCCGCGCAACCUCGCCAGCCUCCCGCCGGUCCGGCGCAACCUCGCCGGCCUCUCGGACGGCGCCGAGUCCACCGGCGACCUCCCGCCCGACAAGUCCGACCUCCACAGAGCGGCGUUCGACGGCCUUGCCGCGCCUUUCGCGGCCUUCCUCAACGCCGCCUGCGCCAGCGGCAGGAGGCCCGACUGGAUCGUUGCCGACUUCGUGCACCAUCGGAUCGCCGCUUCCGCCCAGGACCGCAAGGUGCCGUGCACCAUGCUUCUCCCGUGCGCGGCUGGCGUCGCGGCCUUGGCUGGCUCGUCGUCGGAGUCCAUGGACGCGGCGCCGAGGUUCGAGGCUGAGCUGACCAAGGCAACGUUCGCCAGGGAAGACGCGUCGGGGGCGUUCGUCAUGGGCCGCUUCUUCAUGACCUUGAAGACAUCCAAGCUCAUCGUUCUGCAGAGCAGCCCCGGGCUGGAUCCCGACGCGUUCCCGCUCCUGACGAGGCUCUACGGCAAGCCGGCCGUCCCGCGCAGCCUGUUCCCACCGCCGCCCGACCGUGCCCGCAGCGCCAGCAAGAACGCCGAGGACGACGCGAGCAUCACGUGGCUUUGUGGAGCGCACGGGCGGGCACCGGCUCGUGGCGGCGCGGUGCGUUCCUCAGGCGAGCGUUCUGGCGCACGGCGCCGCGGGCGCGUUCUUGGCGCAAUGAAAGAAAAGCGUGGACCGGGAGGCGCCCCCAAAUCCCCGCCGGCAGGCUUCCCGUCUCCCGUCCCUUCCCUCGCCGCCGCCACAGGGCGCGACCGGGUGAAGCCCGGCCGGUGCCGGCGGCGGCGGGGCCCCCUUUGCCUCCUCGUGCAGCAGUUCUUCGCGGGUGGACAUGGCUGCUCCGAGGUGUGGUGCGGCGGCGACGGGGCACCACAGCGCGGCGCACUCCGGCGGUUCAAGGCGGCGGCAGAUCGGCCGCGCGGUAACCUGUGGAUGGCGGCGCAUCGGCGACCUCGCUUCCCCGUGGCAGGAGGUCUCGCGAUCUGGUGCGUCGCGGCCGCCAAGGACGGCGGCGGAGUGACCGGAUCGGUUCGCGGCGGAGCGGCCGGAUCUAUGCCCAUGCAUGGGCCUUGA